AUGGCGGUGGAGUAUGAAUGUUGCCAAACGGAGUUUUUCAUUCACAUUCUUGUGAUUGUAUUACUCGUGGUUUUUGCCGGCAUGAUGUCGGGGCUCACUUUGGGACUCAUGUCUCUCAGCCUUGUCGAUCUUGAAGUUCUGGCCAAAUCAGGCACUCCCAAGGACAAAAAAUAUGCCGCAAAGAUAUUGCCAGUGGUCAAGAAUCAGCAUUUAUUGCUUUGCACCCUGCUCAUCUGCAAUGCUGCUGCAAUGGAGGCGCUUCCUAUUUUUCUUGAUGGUCUAAUUACAGCUUGGGGUGCUAUCCUGAUAUCUGUGACAUUAAUUCUACUGUUUGGUGAGAUCAUACCGCAGUCUGUUUGCUCUAGAUAUGGACUUGCUAUUGGUGCUACUGUGGCCCCCAUGGUUCGCAUACUAGUCUGGAUUUGUUUUCCAGUUGCAUAUCCAAUAAGCAAGUUAUUAGACUUGCUGCUUGGUGAUGGGCAUAGAGCUCUGUUUCGUCGUGCUGAGUUGAAAACCCUAGUUAAUUUGCAUGGCAACGAGGCAGGUAAAGGUGGAGAACUGACACAUGAUGAGACAACAAUUAUUGCAGGGGCACUUGAACUCUCUGAGAAAACAGCUAGCGAUGCCAUGACUCCAAUAUCCGAAACUUUCGCAAUUGAUAUAAAUGCAAAGCUUGACAGGUUCUUGAUGAAUCUAAUUUUGGAGAAAGGACAUAGCAGAGUGCCAGUCUACUACGAGCAACCUACAAACAUUAUUGGACUUAUUCUGGCUAAGAACUUGUUAACGAUCCAUCCAGAAGAUGAAGUCCCUGUGAAGAGUGUUACAAUCCGUAGAAUUCCAAGGGUUCCGGAAACUAUGCCAUUAUAUGACAUCUUGAAUGAAUUCCAGAAGGGUCACAGCCACAUGGCUGUUGUUGUUAGGCACUGCAACAAGGCCACACAACAGCCAGCUAGCACAGAUCCUGUAGACAAUACGGUCAAGGAUGUGAGAGUAGACAUUGAUGGCGAAAAACCCAAGGAGAAGAGUGUAAAGACCAAAAGACCACUGAAGAAAUGGAAGAGUUUUCCAAAUAAUGGAAAUGAUUCCUUCAAAGGUACACCUAGGAGCAAAAAGUGGACGAAAAACAUGUAUGCAGAUAUCCUACAAAUAGAUGAAAAUCCUCUACCAACUCUCCAUGAAGAAGAAGCAGUUGGAAUAAUAACCAUGGAAGAUGUCAUAGAAGAGCUUCUACAGGAGGAAAUCUUUGACGAGACUGAUCAUCACAUUGAAGAUUCAUGA